GCGAGGCUGUGGUUCUCGCCGCUCUCAGGGAGCAGAGCGCGGUAGCGGGGGGGACAGUCGUCUCAGGAAAAGGAAAAGCAGCACGGGGGGUGUCACUACAACCAUGGAAGAUAAUGCUGAAGCCAAAGCACUGCCACGGACCACCGGGAAGCGCCGCCAUAGGCAAAAAACAGCAGUCGCAGACAUUCCUGCAGCCAAAUAAUGCCAAAGACUGUGUGUUCAUAAUAGCCCUAAACACUCUGAUUGACCAUAUGUGAUAGCAGUAUAUCCGAGGCUAAGUGUGUAUGUCCUCUUUGGCAAAAAAGGGAAGUCCUCUGAUAUCAAAAGUGAAGGGAAAACCUUGCAAUCGUUCGCAUAAAGCGCCAGCGAUGAAGUCACGUGAUCGUCACCAGUGAAGCACCAGCCAUGAUGUUGUCCCAAGUGAUGCUGGGCGUCGUCCUGUCCCUCCUCAUCCUCCUGACCGUCAGUGGGAAUGUGCUGGUGUGCUUGGCCGUCUGCGCCUCCCGACGCCUCCGCUGCCUCACCAACUGCUUCAUCGUGUCGCUGGCCGUGACCGACCUGCUGCUCGGCCUCCUGGUCCUCCCCUUCUCCGCCCUGCUGCAGCUCAACAACGAGUGGCCGCUCGGCCCGGCCUUCUGCAACUUUUACAUCUCCAUGGAUGUCAUGCUGUGCACCGCCUCCAUCCUCACCCUCCUGGCCAUCAGCGUGGACCGCUUCCUGGCAGUGACCAGGCCUCUGAGAUACGCCUCAGUGGUGUUGCCAUGGAGAGUCGGCGUGGCCAUGGCCAGCGUUUGGACCGUGUCCGUGGCCGUGUCCUUCUUGCCCAUCCAAAUGGGGUGGAACACCGUCAACGGCACGGUGCAGAACCACGGGCCCUCGGCUCCAGAGAGGAGAUGCCGCUUCGAGCUGAACAGGCCCUACGUACUGACAGACGCUCUUCUCACUUUCUACCUGCCCCUGGUGGCCAUGUGCUGGACGUACCUGGGAAUACUUCGCAUCGCGCGGGCACAGGCCAAGCGCAUUAUCAGUGCGCGACCCACUUGCAUCACAAGCUACAACUGCAGGGACAACCCUUCCACCAGCACCACUGUGGUCUCCAGUGUGACAGCAGUGGCUCUGCGGGAGCACAAAGCCACGGUGACGCUGGCAGCAGUGAUGGGGGCUUUCGUGGUGUGCUGGCUGCCGUACUUCAUUCUGUUCACAGUGCUGGGCCUAAAGGAGCAUCCAGACCCAAGCACAGUACCAGAAUUCCCCAUUGUUUUGUGGCUGGGUUACACUAACUCUGCCCUCAACCCCAUUCUCUACGGAGCCCUCAACAGGGACUUCAGGUCAGCCUACACCCACUUACUGAGAUGUCGAUGCCCGACUUACGGUGGGUGGAUGAGCUGGCAGCCGUCUCACACGGCGGCAGCGGCAGCCAGAGACCAGUUUACAGAGGUGACACUGCUGUGUAGCCACGCCCCUGCCACAUGCCGGGCAGGUCAAACAGAACAAAACGUUGUGCUUCAAGAAAUGAACAGCAGGACAGCAGCAGCAACUAUCCACUUUGCAAACGGCACUGCAGUGACAGAUGUCAACGGCAACGAGAGGUCGUGCUGAGCCUGUGCUGGUGAGGUGGGUGCUGUGUACUGCGGUCGCAAACCAAGAAGAAAGCUCCAUCAGCUUGAGAGGACACGCAGAGAUUUAAAAGCCCUCUAUUUGGAGGCCUUUGGUGCUGCGGUCAAGGCACCCAUAAUACAACAUGUAAGCAGAUACACACACAGACGUAACCCCCCCCCCUCCUGCCCCCCACAGACGAUGUCGGGCCCAGAACAAAUGGACUGUGACACACAGGUCCUAGCCAUGUCAUUCGCGCUGCAUCAGGCCAUAUGGCAAUAUCCUUAUUAGUCCAAGAAAUUUGCUUUCAGCUAUGAGGAGAUACAUUAUCCAGUUUCACACCCUGCUCUCAUUUCUUUGUUCGCCCUUUGUGAACUGCAUGGACCAAGCGGUUUGCUCUUUGUAUGUGCGGCUUUGGUAAGUGUGUAUUAGGUAAAGCAGCAAAAGAAAAAAACAUCAUCUUGGUGAUAACUGAUUUAUCUUUACGACCGGCUGGUAAUUCAACACUUUACACAUUACAAACUAAAAGUGUUCCCAAAAUAAUAACACCAAUAUCGUUUUUGGCAAAACCAAACUAAUGACGCCGUGUCAUUCCCUUAAGAGUAGAAAUCAUCACAGCACUCCUGUGUGAGAUUUCAUCUACAGAGGAUCUUUUUAAAAAAAACUCAAAAGGUCAUUGUGGCUGUAUUGUGACCAGAAUAAUUUUUAUUUAUUAUCAUUGUUAAUAUUUUUUCUUUUUCUGAAAAUGUUGUUUCAGGUUUUCACUUUGUGAAGCUUUUACUAACUGUUUAAAUUGUAAUUUUAUUUUGUAUUCAUUUUUGCUUCUUUAAAAAAAAAGCUAUAAUUACAGUAGUUUCUGAGGGCUAAAAUGUUCACACAACUUUGAACAUCCAUCAGACCUGCUAAAACAUUCAUGUGCAGCUCCGUACCGUAAGUGAUUGUCAAUUCAGCAAAUUGACUAAUCUCCAUACUAAGAUUUGGAGCUAAUCCAAGCCCACAGUGGUAAAAUGAAACACUCUCCUCCCAAAGUGAGUGAAUCCUUUUUUGAUUGCAUUGUCUCUUCUGCCUGUUAGCAACCGCUCCAUCCUUAAUAAAAAAAAAUGUAAAAAAAGAUUGAAGAAAUGGGAGAUCAGCAAGAACCAACCGUACGCACACAGCCGGCCUCGGCCGAUUGAGAGCCGAACACUUGACGCAGCUCCUGCGUCGAUGGAGCUUCAGCAAUCACCACACGCGUGAUGGAGAACCAACAGCGAUAGCGUGGAAGCACUGCGGGACACAAUGAGACCAGCAGAUGAACACAUCGGUUAUCAAUUUCAUGAUUUACAUUAUUUAAGCCGACUCAAGAGUGCACUCCAGUGGAAACACGACGAAUCACAACACUGACCCAGACAAAGCGGAACUGGAUCAUUCACAACCAGAGAUUGGAAGGGAAAAUGGGAUUAAUGGACUGUUGUUAAAGUCACCACUCCAUGUAGAAACAACAUGUCUAUUUUGAAGAAUGUAGAUUUUGAUGCUUAUUCAGUGGCACAAUGUCUGUUUGUCUUGUAUCACAUUGUAUGAGUAACUGAGGACUGUUCCUGUAAAAUACAUCAUUACAACCCUACUGUACAAAUAAAGGAGAGCUUAAACA